GCUUGGUUAUUUCCAGUUGCCUUGAAACUGCGAAAGACAGCUCUGAAAUCCUCAGUGAUUUGUUAGCGGGUGAUGGCUCCAUACUUGAGGAAACGGGAGGAUAUCACGUCUGAUGCUACCAUUCAAGAUAAUAACGAUUCACCACCUCUUCAACAUGUAUCUGCUUUGGCUGAUCUGUCGAGUGGAGGCUACUUGGCGCGAAUAGAGAAGUCCAAAGCCAGUGCAAAAAGUUGUCCGAAGAGAAGCGUCAGAAGGAAUGCUGCAUCUGGUUCUAGCCAUGGGAUGAGCGAACAACAAGUAGCUGAAACAGAUGAGACGACCAAGUUGGGAAAAGGCAAGAAAAGAAGGAAAGUUGCCUCUGCUGGAAAGGCCAAGGCAGGGAACCGUGGAGAAAAGAAGAAGAAAACAGACAACAAGGAAUAUGUUAUCAAAAGUUUGCACUCAUAUGAUGCUGAAAAAGCCCAGUACGAAAUUGAGUGGUUGGGGUAUUCUUCAUCUUACAACUUGAUGCAGGCAGCAGAUACAAUACCCGGACAUUUCAUUUCGGAGUACUGGACAAGGAAACACACAAUCACUAAUUGAUAAGUGAAAUGUUAUGUUAUCAGCUGCUUACCAAACAAAAAUUACCAUGUUAAAGGGACAAUAUAGGCAGCAGCUAGGCAGGCAAGAUGAAGUUACACAAAGUAGCUAAUAGGUCUCUCGCAUCUCACGGUACAUCGAAAUGGUUCACACUUGUGCACAGUAUUAUUCAGUGCUGAAUCGGACAUGACCAAGUGUCCUCGCUGUGUAUAUAAGUCACCUCAAGAUGGUCAGAUUAGCACCUCUGCUCCUGCCUAUAGUCCCCCUUUAAGUAUCAGUGAUAUUUUUGUGAGAAAGGGUUUGUCAUCAAGUUUUAAAUGAAGUUAAAAGUUCUUAUUUUUAAAUUUUGAUGUAAGGUUGUUAGUGUAACCACACUUUUGAAUCGUUGUUAUCAUGUAUCAUUGUAAUGAGUGUUAGUAGACUUGGCGUAAUUGUAUAUUUGAAGGUACAUGAUAACUGAUACUCAAGCGCUAGUGGUGUUGAAACAGCUGGCACUAUAUGCAAAUGCACACAGUCGUUAUAAUUAUUGUACCACCCUACCUUACAUUUACGACUGAUAUCAUGGUGCUACAUUUUUGUGGGGUACAUCAUGUUGCCAUUUAAUACAAGAAUUAAGUGUCUUAUUUCAUUGGAGUACAUUGCACUUGUGAAACAUAUCAUAUUACUUUCCAGUAGUUCCUUGUUAGCAGAGGUGUACAUUGUAUAUAAUAAAUAGCGCCACCUAGGAGGAUUAUUUUCGUAACAAAUUGCUUGUUGUUCAAUGCAAUAGGUUGUUUUGAAUUGUGCAAAUAAAAACCUAGUAUGACUUGUUCAUAGUGCUUCACAUGAAGCCUU